AUGGCGUCAAGUUACUACGCAUACGAUUCAGAAAGACCGGAGCCAACUGCUGGAUUGGCUGAUCCUGAAGCAACAGCAACAGCAACAGCAAGAUAUGACGGGUACACACAUCAACCAAACGGGGAUAGUCGACAAGAUGAUGCAUAUGAUUCUGCAUCGUCAUCCGAAGACGAGCCGUUGGACACGGACAACAAGGAAAAGACCAGAAGACCAUCAGACCAUCCUUUUAGGCAACAACGAUUAAAAGCUUACAAUCCGGUGUUGACGGCCAAAACUGUGAUUCCAUUACUAGUGGCUAUAGCCAUAGUGUUCGUGCCUCUUGGAGCUGCCAUGUGGUAUGCAUCAGACAGAAUCCAGGAUAUAACUAUCGAAUACACUCAAUGUCAAAAUUUGGCGAUGGAAAAUGUGUUUACUCCAAUACCAGAUAAUUACACCGACUACAACUUUAAAAGAGAAUUUGCUGACCAUAAACCCAGCUUUGCUUGGAGAAUAGUGACUGACGAUUCACAACAAUUUGAGGAAGAUAAAAAAGUUUGUCAAAUACAAUUUGAGGUGUUGACUGAAAUGAAAGGACCUCUUUACCUUUACUACAGACUACACAAAUUCCACGCCAACCAUCGUCGUUUUGUUAAAUCAUUUAGUGAAGAUCAAUUGAAUGGGUUAGCUGCAAGUCUAAAUGACAUCAAAAACACUGUUGGACAAAAUUGUGAACCAUUAUCAGAAAGGGACGGAAAGAAGAUAUAUCCGUGUGGACUUAUAGCCAAUAGUUUGUUCAACGACACUUACUCCACUGGAUUUGAGGCUGUCAAUGGUACAAGUUCCGAUAAAACAGUCAAACUCACUGAAGAGGGUAUCAACUGGUCAACUGACAAGAAUAGGUAUAAGAAGACCAAGUACAACCACAAUGAAAUAGUUCCCCCACCAAAUUGGUACAAGAAGUACCCUGAUGGAUAUAAUGAGACAAACGUGCCUGAUAUUUCACAAUGGCCCCAAUUUCAAAACUGGAUGCGCCCAAGCGCCUUAGCAACAUUUAACAAAUUAGCCUUGCGAAACGACUCAGCAACAUUGAAACAGGGAACUUAUCAAAUCAAUGUUGGAUUACAUUUCCCCGUAUUGCCCUAUAAUGGUGGGAAAUACAUAUAUAUAUCACAAAGAUCGGUAAUUGGUGGCAAGAAUGACUUUUUAGGUAUUGCUUGGAUGGUUGGUGGAGGAAUAUGUUUUGUAUUGGGAUUGGCUUUAUUAGUUAUCAAUUUCAUCAAACCAAGAAAGACUGGUGAUGUCAAUUUAUUAAGUUGGAACCAAGAGGCGAUAAAGAGAGAUGAGCAUGAUGCGUCAGUGGCAAACACUAGUGGAUUUGAGAAGUAG